AUGACUGAAGAACUACAGACUCAGCAACAGCCACAACCGGCCACGGUGCAACCGCAACCAAAACAACGGCUUGGACCGCAAGAUUAUCGCAACUCGGAACUAGUUACCAAGCUGAUGGCCGCUAAUCCACCUUACUUGUACUCACCGGCCGUUGGUCCCCACAAUUUCUUCUUCAGCGAAAUGUUACGGUCUCUUGUGGCCAACAAACGCAACGAGAGCCUCAGUAAUGCCUCCGAACAGCUCCAUCAUCACCAGCAGCACCAUCAGCAGCAGCAACAACUCCAGCAAGCAGCACAGCAUCCCGGCCAGGUGCCGAGUCAUCUGGCUUUGCAGGCCGCAACGACGCGUAGACCACGCAAGCGCUCCUGGAGUCAACAUCGCUACUACCCGGAAGCGCUGAAGGAUGGUAAAGAGUCGGAUGAAAGGCGCCCAACGCAGCCGGAAAAACCGCUCGAGUUGACAAACAAGCUGUCCGCCUUCAGCCGAAGCAUUUCAUCGUCUGCUGCUGCUGCUUCCUCAGCGCAAAAAUACCCAGAAACCGACCUUCCCGAAAGGUUCAAAGCGCCAUCCUAUCACGAUCGCAAACCGGAAGAAUCGAAGGCUUCGCUCGGGGCGGAAAAGUCCUCCCUGAAUAACGCCAACCUCAUUCCGGAACCUCCGACGGCCUCGAUGCCGCCGUCCGAUUUGAUCCUCCCACCUCCGCCUCCCGUUUGGUACCCUCCCCUAUAUCCCCCGUACGGUAUUGAUCCUUUGCAUUUCUUCAUCGAUCUACGCGUUUCGGGCCACAUCUACGAUCGCAAAAAGGACUCAAACUCUCCAGGAUCGGAAGAAUCGUCACUGUCGGUGAAACGCGAACACUCCAAACUGAUAGGAACGGGCGCCGAUCGGCAAGGAUCGGCUUUUAGCGUACCGAAACCAAGGGACACUUCAACCGGCAGUAAGCCAUCAGGUGCCGGAUCAGCCAUAAAUCUGGCAGCAUCACUGGAGGAAGGUGGUGGAUCUUCGGGGGAAGUCGUCGAAGCGACCGAUCAACCAUCGCCUGCUAUGGGAUCGUUGUUUUUGGGGGACUUUGCCGACCACAAGAUGGAUUCGAUCAAGAACACAAACUAUGUGCUGCAGAAUCUGCCACGAAUCUACGGAGACUUGAACGGGAACCAUAAGAUGGUGGAUCGUUGUGCCGGAGACGAUGAUAUGAAUGGUAACUUAAGCGAUGACCAUGAACAUGAUCAGGACAGUAAGUCAGUGGAAUCGGUCGAAGAUUUGGUUGGUGAUGAAAAUAAAUACAAGGACAUCGAUUUGAACGUAAUUUCCGACGAGGAAUCAAUUGCUGUUGAUGAAAAUUAGCU